ACAACAUCCUUCCAACUCAGCUCCCUCUCUUCUUUCAAGUACCCUUCCUUUAGGCCUUUUUCUAACUUAGAAGAUUGAAGCUCUAUCUCCCAAUUAUUUCUAAUCACCUUUUGUCAUCUUUUAGACAGACUUGGUUUGUAAUCUCCUCUGAAGUGACCUAUGGCAUCAACCUCUCUCAAGAGCUCUGGCUCAUGGACCCCAAAGCAAAACAAACUGUUUGAAAAGGCUCUAGCCUUAUAUGACAGGGACACCCCCGACCGCUGGCAGAAUGUGGCCAACGCUGUGGGUGGCAAAUCUGCUGAGGAGGUGAAACAACACUAUGAGAUCCUUAUUCGGGACCUCAAGCAUAUCGAGUCGGGCCGUGUUCCUAUUCCCAACUACAAGUAGCGAAAAGCACCUGUUGGCUUCUGAAGUAUCCUAAAGCUGCAAUAAAGUCCAAGACUUGGCUCCUAUUAAAUUAUAUUUUUGUGGAGAAAAAAAAACAGAAAAAAAAAAAAAAAGUCUGACUCUCUCUGUCUGCUCUUGUAUGCAUGUAAUCACUGUACCACCCUUAUUUUAAUGGAAUAUCUAUUAUCAAGAAGGUAUUUUGUA